AUGCUCCAAAUCUCCAAGUUAUUCUCGAGCCAACUUGAUCACCUGUCUCAACACCACCCCAAAAAUUUGAUGCGCUGGACAAUGUUAGUACACCGCGGGUGCAGAAAAAUCAAAGUUCGACGUCAACCUACCCCAGCUGGGCAGCUCACGUCGAUCUUCCAGCCGUCACGGCCGAUCCCCUCCCUCGUCUCCGCGCCAGCCGAAGGCCGCAACUCAGGCGGCAAGGAAGCACCCCAGCUCGCAGCCGCACCAAUGAAAUGGGUACAUCCGCUCGACAGUUCAUUGUCCGCCCACCACCGUCGGACAACAGCACUAACGUCACUUAUCGGGGCCUGCGCACCCCAAAUACAUCAAGGGUGCACGACUCCCACUGAGUUGAAAACGUCUGCCGAACGUCCAGCCGUUUGGGCCUGGAAGCCGACCCAAAAGCAGCAUGCUGUGUGCCUCGGACGCGCCGUCGCCUCCACCUCGACUAGACAACAACCACAAUGUGCGUUGUUCUGGAGGCGACACGACAACCCCCCUACUCGACUUAUGCAUCGACCUCACUUAAAACGACUUCCGACCGGUUGGAAGUCGUCCCCGCUAUUUAUUGCGCAUCUAGGUGAAUGA